AUGCUGCACAGCACGCUACCGAGGGCAUUUCUGCCGCCGCCGAGUCUGUGCUACCUCGGCGGCUACUACGGGGACUCGGUGCAUCCCUACACAUCGGUGACGAGAUUCGUCCCCCUGGAGCCGCCGUACCCGCUCCCCCAGGAGUUGCCGCGCUCCGCGAGUCCGAGUCCCCUGGACCUCUCGCUGAAGCCCUCCGCGCCGACAACCCCCCAGACAAACGAGGAAUCCGAGACAAUCGAGGUGGACGACGUGGAGGACUACGCGGACAAGAGCUACCGCAGCCCCUGGGCCUUCGGCUCGCCGCGUCCCUUCCCCUGCGACGAGCCGCAUCACCAGGAUGACAAGCACCUCGAGCCGAAAUCCCCGGUGCUGUACCCAGAGCUCCCCCAGGAGUACCGCACCCCGUCGACGAGCCCCGCAACCCCCCAGAAGGUGGUGACGUCGCCGCACCUGCGGUCCCUCCAGGAUUACCAGCCGCAGCUGCUGCUCACCCCGCAGCAUCACCUCCAGCUGCACGCGCCAAUGACACCGCCGAGCACACCGUCACCACCGCAAUGCCCCCGACGUCGACCACGUGACGACGAGGACACGCCCUCAUCUGCAACGCCAAUUGUCACGACACCAAAGUCCGCGGGAUUCGACAAAACGAGUCAGCGACCGAAGAAGAAACACGCGCGGCGAUUGAAAUUCGACGAGGACACGAGCAGUCCAGUCUCCGGGACUGUCAUCCUCGGCCCCGACGAGGCCGUCGUCACUGGUGACAUUGAUCCGGCUUUUAAUAUCGUCGAGGUGACCGAGGAGGCACGCGCCGAACUCGCCAAGAUCGAGAAUCGACUGGGCCCUUAUCAGUGCAAAUUGUGCCGGCAUCUGCACGACGACGCCUUCCAGUUGGCGCAGCACAGGUGCUCCAGGAUCGCUCAUGUUGAGUACAGGUGUCCAGAGUGCGACAAGCGGUUCUCGUGUCCCGCGAAUUUGGCGUCACAUCGGCGCUGGCACAAGCCGAGAAUACCAACGGGGGAGGGCGGGCAGGCAGGCGCCGGGGAGAUACCCUGCGGCAAGUGCGAGGCGAAAUUCUCCAGGCAGGCGGCCUUGAGGAAGCACCUGGUGACGCAGCAUCCGGAGAAUAAUAAUAAUAAUAAUAAUAAUAAUAAUAAUAAUAAUUUUGUUAAAAGC